AUGAGUGGCGGUCGGAGAGAAGAUAGGUGGGGCGGAGGGUGGCAGGAAGCAAGGCGGAGUAGGGUUUUCAGGAAUCUGAAGCCCUCUUGGGAUACAUUCCCUUUGGGUGGGUGGUUCAAAAAUCAGGGAAACGUUGUGGCAAAGGUGUCCUCCUUCUAUUUCUCUGAGUUCCCAGUUCAUAUUAAAGCAAAGGAGUUCUUCGAGUUGUUUGGGUGUAUUGGAAGAGUGGUAGAGGUAUCAAUUUCACCAAGAAGAAACAGCUUAGGAAAGUGUUUCGGUUUCGCUAGAUUCAUUGAUGUGGAAGAUGAGAGGAUGUUGGGGGUGAGGUUGGAUAAUGUUCAGAUUCUUGGGAAGAAGAUUCAUGCUAAUAUCCCAAGAUUUCAAAGGAGCUCUAAAAGGGUGGGGGAGGUAGAGUUUCGGAACAGGGGUGCGGGUCGGGAGUUUGCGAUGAAUCACUUAGCUGUUCAGUUCAAAGGGAUGAACGCGAUGAAUCAAUAUGCUGCUCAGUUCAAAGGGGUAAAUGCGACGGAAAGAGAUGACAGAAGCUAUGUAAAAGUGGUUGGGAAGAGGCACGGGUCGGGAGAGACAGCGAGGGAGGAUGUUAUGAAAUGGGGGUUUAAAACAGACGAACACAGAAGGCUGAGACUCAGUAGAGCUUUUGUGGGGCGUGUUAAAAAUCCGGGAUCAGCGUAUAACAUUCAAACCCAGUUCGAGAUGGAGGGAUUUUUUAACAUAAAAGCGACUCCGAUGGGUGGAAAUCUUGUUCUGUUGGAGGAGACGGAAGAGGGCGUUAUGGCGGAUUUGGUCGGAGAUGGUGAUAAGUGGUGGAAGUGCUGGUUUGAAGAAAUUUCUAAAUGGAAGGCUGACAUGGUUGACACGAGUAAGGUGGUGUGGAUAAGUAUAUUCGGAGUGCCGGUGGUAGCGUGGUCGGCGGAUUUCUUCAAACAGUUUGCGGAGCGUUUUGGCUCCUUCUUGUGUAUUGAUGCGCAAACAGAAAAUGAAGAUUGUUACGACAUAGCAAGGAUGAAGAUUAGUGUGGAUAGAGAUUACAUCCUUCCAGAGAGGGUCACGGUCGACAUUGAUGGCAGGGACUUUGUUUUGAGGCUUCGAGAAGACAAAAUGGAUGCUGUGCGAAUUCUUCCAUGUAUUCACUUAACUCAGAACCCUGGUGGAGAGUCUACGGACUCGGAUGGCUUUUCGGUUAAUGAUAUGCAGGUGGAUAAUGAUAAGUCCGUGGGGGGGAUUCUAUUGAAAUUUUUGAGAAUGCUUCCGGUAUUGUAA